CUCAGGAACCGCUGACGCUGUGCCGACGCCGGAAGCUUUUGAUUGCAACCAACAUGGCCGACAUCACUCUGCCCCCGUCGUUGCUGCAACCACGCGACGACAAUGAAGCCGACUCACUCUUGUCCAUACUUGGACGCAUCCACGAUGAACGCGGCCACUUUCGGCACAUCACCGAGCAAGGACUGCAGACUGAGAUAGCUGCCAACGAGAAUGACGACGAGAGCUCCGACACAGACGAAGACGACGACGGCGCAGAAGCAGACGGAGCAGAAGAGAAGGACCGCCGAGAGCAGCUAUGGGUAGCACGAGCUGAGAUGAGACAACAUGUCGACUCUGCGCGAAACGAAGCACUUAUUGCUCUCGACUUUGUCUCCCUACUACUCUCCAAAGACGCCCCAAAACAAGCCGACCUCACAAUGUCGCCCCAUCUGAAGCAAUUCAUCAAGCCUGGAACACUCGCUACCGAUGUAUGGCACAACGUCCAGCCCAACAAGGAGCAAGAGCAGGUCGACGACACAAUUGCUCGCAGUUGGAGGAUGCAGUCGCUUCAAGCCUCUGCUGAUUCCUUGUUAGGCGCAGCUGCCCGUCUAGAAAAGAAUGUCAGGAGAGAAACACAUUACUGGGAACAAGUCUUGUCUGUCAGCGACAAGGGUUGGUCGAUCUCUCGUCUGCCUCGCGAAAAACACAACUUGGGCGUCCGUUUUGGCUUCCUGGAAGCUCUUGGAGAGUUCAGGGACCGCGGACUUGCUGCUCUAAGAUCUGACGAGGAUGGAAACGUCCUACUCGACAAAGGGCUCGGAAACAACAGCAAAGUCGUAAGAGUACGCAUAAAGCAAGGCGACGACAUUAUUGGCGUCUCGCAAAUGCCUGAUACUUCUGAUGAAUCAGAAUCCGCCCUCGAAGCCCGUAUUCGUCACGCCAGGGAUUCGUUGUAUGAGGAGGAACUUUUCCACGAGAUCAUUCGAGAGUCGCGGAGUCUAGCAUCGUACGGUGUUGACAUGCGCGACUCGAUCAUCCGCCUCCCAACAAGACUGUCCCCAACUGCUUCAGCGUCUGCGUCGGAAUCGCUGGAGGUGUUGAUCGACUUGAUGCCAUUGACUGAGAUCGACACAAAAGCACGGGAGAAACAGCCAGAAGAUGCCUGGGCGCAGGCCAUUGCACUAGCUCUUCGUUUGUUCCUUUCGUAUACCCAUCGCGAAAGACUAGCUCGCAGAUCUGAAUUGCCUUUGCCAAUAUCGAGCAUCAGACGAGACACACCAGUCGCAAACAUCAUGAAACCCGUCUUGACAAUGUUGCAGCAUCGCUCCAUACUUGGUGAUAUUGGCACUUAUCUGGAAGGGGUCGAGAAACUCCUCAAAGCUGCAUCUAUCGAUGCCUCAAUCGAGACGGCUGCAUUUGAUCCAGCGCUUUUGAGGUCAGCCGAAACAAUCGACUCACUCAUGCAGAGAGGUCUCACACCUAUACACUCGCGGAUGAGACUGUCACUCAAGAUACCGCAUCUUGCCAACGCACUCGAGUUCGGCAUUGAAGUGCGCACCUCCAUAUUAGCACCCGCUUUCGGCAGCGCCAUGUUGGUGACAUCUCCCGUAGGGUUGCCCCGAGUUGAGAUACCGGAGAUGCAAGAGCUCAAAGACUACUUCAACACGGCCAUUGCAAAUGCCUUGGGCCAUGGCAUUGUGGACAAGCUAUCCAAUUGGAGCCUCAACGACAGAUGCGGCGUCCUCGGCAAAGCCAACAGCAACGAUAAGAUCGGCAUUGUGGUUCACGGAGAAGGAGAUGCGGCACAGAAAAGUCUUGUACUGCGCACGCCCAAGGAGAGAUUUGAGUGGAAAGUCGAGGACGUGAUGGAACAAGAUGGAUUUUGGGAGACGGUGAAGCAGCAUGUUUGGGACGGAGCAUGAGUCCGAAGAACAAGUCAUUUAGCUGCAGCGAUAAUCAGGGUCUAACGGCUUUUCUUCUCAAGAAGUCGAAACAAAGUAAGCAGGUGAUGAAUGGUGAGAUAGAGCAGUAUGUAUAGUGUGAACGAAGCACGAGAUUCCUGCUUGCUGGAGUGCUUCCAAGAUGGAGAUGGUGCCGGUGCCACCAAACAAUGGUGAGAUUCUUGGCCUGUAAGACCGCAGUCGGACCGUCGUGUUGACUGGCACUGACCAACAGUGGGGUGUUGUUGAGAGUGAC